UGGCUAGGUCGAGAGGGUCAACCGAACUUUGACACCAAUGAUAGCUAAACUGACAGACGACACCGCAGAAAAGUAUUGGUAUAAAAUUAUUAGCGAUGUCGAGUACGCAUUAAAUAACUCCGUUAAUAAGGCUACAGGCGAGACACCGAGUCGAUUGCUAUUCGGCGUAAGGCAGCGUAAAAAGUCCACAGACGCCUUACGCGAAUAUUUAUGUAACGAAAGCGAGGAAGAACGCGAAGAAGAGAAAAUUCGUAGAUAUGCAUCUGAUAGAAUAUUGCGAUCGCAGACUUAUAAUAAAGAAUAUGCAGAUAAGAAGCACAAGGAAGCGCACGACUAUGCAGUAAGCGACUUAGUUUCCAUUAAGAAUUUCGAUACCACAGUCGGAGCAGCUCACAAGCUCAAACCAAUAUUUAAGGGACCAUACAAAGUGGCGGAGAAACUAGGAAAUGAUAGAUAUACCAUCACAGACGUAGAUGGGUUUCAAAAUACGCAGAGACCUUAUCGAGGGGUAUGGCAAGCGGCGCACAUGAGACUAUGGCGACAAGUGUAA